AUGUGUGCCUUAGUUAGAUAUAUGUCUCCAACGACAGGCCGUGUCAGAACGGAAUUAUUAGAGCUCAUAUCAUUAGACGCCACUGACUGUUCGGCAGAAAAAAUUUAUAACGCCUUUAAAAAUUGUUUAGUUUCCAAAAGUAUACCGCUAACAAAUAUCUUGGGUUUAGCUUCAGACGGUGCUAAUGUUAUGGUAGGAAAGAAUAAUUCUUUUUUUAGCCAUCUAACUAACGAUGUUCCGUUAGCUAUAUUGAUGAGAUGCUUAUGUCACUCAUCAGCUUUGGUUGCAGGGAAGGCCUGUGAAAAAUUGCCAAGAGGUCCUGAAGAAUUGUUAAGAAGUAUUGCUACAUAUUGCUCAGGGAGUGCUAAACGUUGUUCGCAGUUGACAGAAAUGCAAGAAUAUUUUCAUAUGGAGAGAAAAAAAAUAUUGAAACUUGCUUCAACAAGGUGGUUAUCCAUGCAUCAGUGUGUUUCUCGUAUAUUAGAAUAUUGGGUGGUAUUAAUAAGCUAUUUUCGUGUUGCUGUUGUUGAGGACAAAUUGCUUGGCGCUGAAAAUAUUUUAAGAUCGAUGGAAAACUCAUAUACCAAGAUUGACGUUCUGAAUACAGUGCAACUGCAUAAUAUUAAUGUUGAUGACCCUAAUAAUUUCUUACAAAAUGAUCUCGUAUUUUUAGGAACUGAAUGUGAGGAAUACAUUAAUAAUUUCAAUUCAGCAGUUGUAACUGAAAUAAAAAAUAAAUGUUUGGAAUUUUUUAUUCAAGCUGCAAUUGAAAUUAAAAAAAGAUUGCCUAUCAAUAACUUAUUUUUUAAACAAUUAAAAUUUAUUGAUCCAAAAAUAGCAUUAACAGCUGAUGGUACUGAGAUAAAUUUUAAAGUUAUUAUUGAAACAUUCAAUAAGCCAUUUGAUGUAGAUGAGUUAACAAUGGAAUGGAGAAGACUAAAGGUGUUAAUAAAUCAAGAACAAAAAAAAAAUUAA